GGGGCGCGGGCUCUGCGUCGCACAGCUCCCUCGCUCCUGGAGCGCGGAUUCUGAGAUUCCCCAGUGGCUGUCCUGGACCCGGCCUGCCACCCCGUGGGUGCCUGGAGAGGACCUAGUACUCCCCGCUCCCGCCGCAGAGCAGGGCCGUCCCCUCCCAGAUCGGCCCACAGAAGGGGCAUGUGCAGCUAACGGUCCGGUCCUGACCGCUUUCCUCUGCCCCGCCGCCUAGGAGGUGCACCCCAGCUAUGCAGUGUCCAGGGAGACGGCGGGCAUGACGGCGACAGGAUGGGCGCGAACAAUGGCAAACAGUACGGCAGUGAGGGCAAAGGCAGCUCAAGCAUCUCAUCCGACGUGAGUUCGAGUACAGAUCACACGCCAACCAAAGCCCAGAAGAAUGUGGCCACCAGCGAAGAUUCUGACUUGAGCAUGCGUACAUUGAGCACGCCCAGCCCAGCCUUGAUAUGUCCGCCAACUUUGCCAGGAUUUCAGAAUGGAAGGGGCUCCUCCACUUCUUCAUCCUCCAUCACUGGGGAGACAGUGGCGAUGGUUCACUCCCCACCCCCGACCCGCCUCACUCACCCACUCAUCCGGUUGGCCUCCAGACCCCAGAAGGAGCAAGCCAGCAUAGACCGGCUCCCGGACCACUCCAUGGUGCAGAUCUUCUCCUUCCUGCCCACCAACCAGCUGUGCCGCUGUGCACGUGUGUGCCGCCGCUGGUACAACCUGGCCUGGGACCCGCGCCUCUGGAGGACUAUCCGCCUCACGGGCGAGACCAUCAAUGUGGACCGUGCCCUGAAAGUACUGACCCGUAGGCUUUGCCAGGACACACCCAAUGUGUGCCUCAUGCUGGAGACAGUUAUUGUCAGUGGCUGCCGGAGGCUCACAGACCGAGGACUUUACACCAUUGCACAGUGCUGCCCAGAACUGAGGCGCCUGGAAGUCUCAGGAUGUUACAAUAUCUCCAACGAAGCUGUCUUUGAUGUGGUGUCCCUCUGUCCCAAUCUGGAGCAUCUGGAUGUGUCAGGGUGCUCCAAAGUUACUUGCAUCAGCUUGACCCGGGAGGCCUCCAUUAAACUGUCCCCCUUGCAUGGCAAACAGAUUUCCAUCCGAUACCUUGAUAUGACGGACUGCUUCGUGCUGGAGGACGAAGGCUUGCACACCAUCGCAGCUCACUGCACACAGCUCACACACCUCUAUCUGCGCCGUUGUGUCCGCCUCACCGACGAGGGCCUCCGCUACCUGGUGAUCUACUGCACGUCCAUCAAGGAGCUGAGUGUCAGUGACUGCCGCUUUGUCAGUGACUUUGGCCUGCGGGAGAUCGCCAAGCUGGAGUCUCGCCUGCGGUACCUCAGCAUCGCCCACUGCGGCCGCAUCACGGAUGUGGGCAUUCGCUAUGUGGCUAAGUACUGUAGCAAAUUACGCUACCUCAACGCGAGGGGCUGCGAGGGCAUCACGGACCAUGGCGUGGAGUACCUGGCCAAGAACUGCACAAAACUUAAGUCUCUGGACAUUGGCAAAUGUCCUCUGGUCUCUGACACGGGCCUUGAAUCCCUGGCUUUGAACUGCUUCAAUCUCAAGAGGUUAAGCCUCAAGUCCUGCGAGAGCAUCACUGGCCAAGGCCUGCAGAUCGUGGCCGCCAACUGCUUCGACCUGCAGAUGCUGAACGUCCAGGACUGUGAAGCUUCAGUGGAGGCCCUGAGGUUUGUGAAGCGCCACUGCAAGCGCUGUGUCAUUGAGCAUACCAACCCUGCUUUCUUCUGAAGGGACAGCUUCCAUCAGGCAUGCUUUCGCAGCAACGUGAACCCAUGCUCUGUAAACGCAGCCCACGUAAGCACCCACACCCACUCAUAGCCCCUGUUUCUUCCGUGAACGUUCUUAGGAGUCUGGCUUUUUAUUUUUAUUUCUUAUGAGCAAACGAGGUCAAAGAAGGAGGAAAACCAAAUUUCUACCACGGUAAACUGGUUCUGGUCGGUUUGUUUGUAGACACAUCCUCUCACAAAGGAUGCAUGCACCUCAGCAGGCUGGUCACUGUGUCUUCUGAAACGCACCUUACCCCAUCUUCCCUUCCCCCUCCUGUACACAAGCCAUUCCCUCAAAGUUCCACACCCUCAUCUUCCAAGCCUGCAACAGCUGCAGCAUUAAGCAUCAGAAUACGCUCUCUGAAGCUGCCUCUUAAACUACUUGGUGGGCACAAGCCCCACUCCUAAAUCCCACACCAAGCAAAAUUGGGGUUAAAGUAGCGUUAACACUUUAUAUGUGUGAAGAGCUUCCCUGUGUGAAUGCAUUACGGCAAAACACACGGCGUAAGAGGAGACAUGUUUUCUCUCCCAGCUCUGCCACUAACUAGCUGUGUGACCUUGGUCUAAAACCACCUCACCUUUCCGGGCUUCGGCUUCCCACCACCAGAUGCCAGAGGCAGGGGGCGAGCCUCAUGCCCCUUUUAGAGUUGAGAGAAUAGUGAUGCCGAUAAGCAUAGUUUUGCAUAAAGAACUUGGUGUAAAGCACACAGAGAGCACUUCUGAGAGAAGUGGUUGUGUGGAUGAGCUGUGCUUUCAGGAGGUACUGUGGGGUAACCGUUAGUGCACAUAGGAUCCGGGUGCACAGAGGGUCCGGGGUGCACAUGGGGUCCUGGGUACACAUAGGGUCCUGGGUGCACAUAGGGUCCUGGGUGCACAUAGGGUCCUGGGUGCACAUAGGGUCCUGGGUGCACAUAGGGUCCUGGGUGCACGUAGGGU